AUUUAGGAGUGAGCCGAUAGCGUCCGACUGUAAACAGUGAGGAAGUGGGCGGUGCGGUUAAAGAGUUUACUACAGUCCUAAACCAGUGGAGUAAAGACCUGCAGGCUGUGGAGGGACUGGAUGCGGAAUUAUUCUGUAUUUUAUGGUGAUGAGAUGGAGCAGGAAACUUUAAAAGCACUGAACUCUCUCAGACUGGAGCAGAAGAGGCACAACAUCGACACUUUCAGGCUCUUCAUGGUCACGUGGAAUGUGGCUACAGCAGAGCCUCCUGAUGACAUCGCGUCCCUGUUGCAGCUUAAUGCCCCGAAGAAAGCAGACCUCUAUGUGAUCGGUUUACAGGAAGUGAGAGCAGCACCUCUGAAGUUCGUCACAGAUCUGGCUUUUGGAGAUUCAUGGAGCUGCUUGUUCAUGAACACGUUGAGUCCUCUGGGCUAUAUUAAAGUGUCCUCUGUGAGGAUGCAGGGUCUGCUUCUGCUGUUCUUUUCUAAGUUAGAGCACGUCCCCUUUAUCAGAGACAUCCGGACCACAUACACUCGCACUGGGAUCUAUGGAUACUGGGGUAAUAAAGGAGGGGUGAGCAUCCGUCUCUCUUUCUAUGGUCAUUCGCUCUGCUUCCUCAACUGUCACCUGGCAGCCCACAUCCAUAACGCCUCUGAAAGAGUGGAGGAAUUUGAGCACAUUCUCAACUCCCAGACGUUUGAUGGCAAAAACACUCCAUCUGUUUUAGACCACAAGCUCCUCUUCUGGUUUGGAGACUUGAAUUUUCGUAUUGAAGACCAUGGGAUGCACUUCAUUCGCAAUUGCAUCAACAGCAAGAAUUUCAACCUGCUCUGGUCUAAAGACCAGCUGACUAUGAUGAAGAAGAAGAUUCCCAGACUGCAGCAGUUUGAGGAAGGACCCCUUGAUUUUCAGCCUACCUACAAAUUCGACUUGAACUCUGAUAAAUAUGACUCGAGGCUACAGACGGCUUGGUUUGGUCUAAUUGCAAAAAAGCGGAAGCCCGCAUGGUGCGAUCGGAUCCUGUGGCGCAUGAACCCCAAACCUCCACCCGAGAAUGCAGAUAAAGAGCGUGAUGAUGAUGGUGAUGAUGACGAAGAGCAGAAGCAGAAACAGCUUGAGGAGCCAUUGGAUGAAUUUCCUCUCAAUUUAGUGCAGGACACUUACACCAGCAACAUGGAGUACAGCAUCAGUGACCAUAAACCCGUCACUGGCAUCUUCAGACUGGAGCUGAGGAAGGUAUACGAGACUCCACUGGUGCAUGUGUGUGCUGAGGGUGAAUGGAGUGCAGACCUGGACGCUUUGGUGACCUACAGCCCUCUGGAGCAGUUUUCAUCCAGCGCCUGGGAUUGGAUUGGCCUUUAUAAGGUUGGAUUCCAGAGCAUUUCUGACUACAUCACCUAUACCUGGGUAAAAGAUGACCAGGUGGCCCUCAGUAAUGAGCUCAUCCAGGUUUAUGUGAGCAAGGAGGAAAUCCCGGUUCUAGGUGGGGACUGUGUACUGUGCUACUACAGUAGUAACCUGCAGUGCAUUGUGGGUAUUAGUGAACCCUUCAAAGUUCACGAGUCACGAGCAGCGAUUGAAGAGGGAUUCUUACUUGAGAAUAUUAACAAACUCGACCAGGCUUUGGCCAGUUAGGACCACAUGAAGGAGCCAUUUUGAAGUUGAUCAGUGUUGGAUGCUCCUUCUGCAUCGUAUAAAAAAAACCUGAAGAAUUUAUUAAGCAAGUGCAAUUUUAUCCGAGCAUAAAACUUUCUUUUUUUUUUUUCAAAUUGAUCCGGUUUUCUUCUUUCUUCUUUGCCUUUGUGUCUUAACUUUUCCUGUGCUGCCUUUUUCCCAGUGAUAUUUGUUGGCCCUAUAAUUAUUUUAACUACAAGCCUAUAAAAAUUUCUUUAAACCUUGUACACAGAGUCUAAAAGAAAACUUUAAUUUGGAACAAUUUUGAGGAGUACAUUUUAUUUAUAUAGCUUUGUAGAGAGUGUAAGAUUUUUAAGGUGUCUUAACUGCUUUUUUUUUCAGCUCCAUUUUAAUGAUAUACUGUAAUCCCUGUCAUCAGUGUUAUUAUUAGUUUGUCACAUUUAUUUAAAUCUGUUACAAAGGAAGAAUGUAAUGUAGAAAAAUAUUAUUUUGCACUGAUUUCACUGACACAAAAUGUGUAGUUUGUACAAUGCGUAACGUUAUGUUAUGUUAUGAUAUAUGCUGUUAUUGGCUGAGAAUUAUUUUACUUGUAUUACUUUUAUUUCUGUGUUUAUUAGUAUGUUGUGUCAAGCCAGAUGUGCCAGAUGUGUCCACAUUAUUACAGAUGUUUUGGUUAUACAUAAUGUGUAGGGUUAUUUGAAUAUAUGACUAGACUGAUUUGUUGACAUUUAACUGUAUUUAUAAUUUAUAUUGUACAAAAGAUAUAAAUUAUAACUCACAUUUCUUUAUCUGUAUAAACUAAGCUGUUUUCUAGAUGUGCGAGAAUACAUAACAACAUGCUGAAA